AUUUAUGGAAAUAGAUAAUUAAUAUUUUGUGAUUUUUCACGUUUACCAUUUAUAUUAGAUUUUAUGUAUAUUUUCCCGAUUUUAGUUUCACCUGUAAAUAAGGGACAGAGAACCAGACAAAUUCAAUAUGGCGGGUCACAUAUCAUGGGAAGAGGCCAGAAACCAUUUGAGGAGAAUGAGGGAGGACCAAGUUCGAGAUGGACAAACUGUUGUUUCUCUUUGGGAAGAUGUGCUUAUGUCAGAAAGAAACAAACUGGGAGAUGAAUUAUGGACGGUAUACGAACAAGUUUGCAUAGCUGCUCUAGAUUGUCAAAGAAUUGAUAUAUCUGAGACAUGCAUAGAACUUCUCAAAUCUAAAUUUCCAAACUCAUUACGAGUGAAGAGAUUAUUAGGAAUGAAAUAUGAAGCAGAGGAGAGGUUUCAUAAAGCUGGAGAUUUGUAUGAUGACAUCAUCAAAGAGGAUGAAACAAAUAUGUUUGCCAGGAAAAGAAAAGUGGCUAUACUUAAAGCCCAAAACAAAACUUUAGAAGCCAUUGAAGAAUUGAAUAAAUACCUCAAGCAAUUUAUGACGGACUUUGAGGCCUGGAUGGAACUCUGCGAUCUGUACCUGGCUGUACAGGACUACACCAAAGCUGCGUUUUGUAUGGAGGAGCUGAUCAUGUCAAAUCCUCAUAAUCACCUAUAUCAUCAAAAAUUUGCAGAGAUCAAAUACACCAUGGGAGACCCUGACAAUAUGGCCAUAGCACGGACUUAUUUUGCCCAGGCUAUUAAACUCAAUCCCAACAGUGUUAGGUCCCUGUAUGGCUGCUUCCUGGCAUCUUCCAAUUUAGCUGCUAGUUCUAACAGAAAAGACAAACAAAGUAACAUUAAGUAUGCAGCAUGGGCCGCCCAACAGCUGAAAGAAAAAUAUACGACUGUCCAGCCUGAAGAUCUCACAAAUCAAACCAGGGUGUUGGAGUCGAUAGAACGAGUGCUCGAGUCUCUGACAGAGAAAACGUCAAACUGAAAAUACAAGGACAUGAACAUUGAUAGCAUGUCUGAGAUUGCUGAUCUGAAUGCACCAUCUUCUUCUCACAACAUCGGUCAUGUGGAAAUGUACAGUAGUCCACUAUGAAGCUGUCAAACAGACUCCAUGUGCAGUGUUUACUACAGCACAUUUCCUACACAGAGAGUUUAAAUUUAAAUCAUUCAUUGAAUAUAUGCAUUUACUGUGGUGUCUUCUGUGACAAAGAAAAACAAUAAGCAGCUAGAGCUUGUUGAUUGUAUUUGUCUAAAAAAGAAAUUGUUGAGACGUGCAUGGUAAUUCAAGUUUCAGAUGUGUUCCAUUAUAUGCAAAUCUAAAACAGUAAUUAGAAGAUCCAAGAUUUAUGAAAUAAGAAACAAAUGUUUAAUUUAAAGGAAAAAAUUCAAAAUGAUACAGAAAUCAGGCAUUUGAUUAUAGGACUUCUGUAAUAUGCAGUUCACGUAGGAAUGUACUGGUGCAUCGGUUGAAUCAUUUACAGCACAUUUCUUUUUUUCACAUAGUAUAUGUACAUGUACUGGUUUUGUACACACUAUUUAUUCAUAUUCAGAAUAAAGUUUUUAAUAUCAAAA